AUGGAAGCAAGACGCCACGAAUCUCAAAAUGCAGAGGCGCAGACGCUGCGGCGGGCGCUGAGCAAGCAGGAGGGUGCUCCUACAAGUCCUGGGGAAGAGGAGGAUGAUGGAGAGGCUGGCGCCGCGCCAACAAGAAGCAGGUCGAGGGUCGCUAAUGCCUGUGCUAGUUGGGCUAUCUGUGAGGCAGGCGAUGAUGAUGAUGAGGUUUCGGUCAUGGCUGCAGAUGUCGAGCAAUUUUCUUUGUGGCCCGAGUGGACGGUUGGCCCUGAGACGAUCAAUGGUAUCAGCAGCGACAUAUUUGCAGACAGGGAAUAUGCGCUCGCAGAGCGGAAGCUGAAGCUGAAGCCAGACCUCAAUGCUUCGUAUUCGUCAUCGGCUCUACACCAGCAGCAGAGCUGCACUUGCACUUGCAAGCUUACCGACCUGGUCAUCAGUCCCAUCUCACCACAGCGGAUGUUCUGGGACAUUUUGGGCGUGGUCUUCCUCAUCUACGAUAUGAUAUGGAUUCCGGUGCAAGUCUUCUCACCAAGCCGCCAUGUCGUGACGGACGUGCUCGACUUCACAGUUGCCGUGUACUGGACAUUGGACAUCUUUGGCACCUUCUUCACUGGCUUCUAUUCGCGGAAGGGUGAGUUGAUUCGCACCCACAAGGAAAUUGCACUGCACUACUUGAAGCGCUGGUUCUUCCUCGACGUGAUGAUCGUCUCGGUGGACUGGGUGUUCAUGUCCGCAUCACUAGGAGAAGAAGAUGACAGCGUGAUGGACAAUGCCGAGGGGUCUGGCCUCGCUCGCCUGGGUAAGGUCAUCCGAGUCGCAAGAAUUCUGCGAACUUUACGGCUGCUCCGCCUCAUGAAGCUGAGGCACAUCUUCUUUGCCAUUCAAGAGCGCAUCGAUUCAGAGGCGGUGUUCAUUCUGGUGGGGACAGUCAAGAAUCUGUUGGUCCUGCUCUUUGUGAACCACCUUUUUGCCUGCCUUUGGUACCUCAUCGGCGUACUGGGAGAAGGAGGUCCUCCUGAUGAGCACUGGGUGUUUUACUAUGACGUUGGAGAAACUGUCAUCGAGAAGUAUAUGCUGAGUCUCCACUGGAGCCUCACCCAGUUCACCCCAGCAGGAAUAGAAAUCCAUCCGUGCAACGUUUAUGAGCGGGUUUUCAAUGUUGGCCUCAUUCUCAUUGCCAUGGUGGGGUUCUCCUCCUUUGUAAGUGCGAUCACCGCUUCUAUGACAAGACUACGAAGUUUGCAGGGAAACGAACUCUCAGAAGCAUUCUUGUUGAGAAGGUUUCUCAAGGAGAACCAAAUCUCGGCAGACCUGCAGUCAAGAGUGGUUCGGUACAUCGACAUGGCGAUCGAGGUGAACCGGAAAAAGAUCGACAAAAGCCGCGUUGCCUCAUUGAAUAUGCUGAGUGGUCCUUUGAGGGUCGAGCUGCAGAAGGAGCUGUAUCUCCCUGCGCUGGUAAUCCACAAGUUCUUCGUGAAGUACGCCCACAAUGAUGCUGCAAUAAACCAGAUCUGCUUCAAGGCGAUCGAGAAGAUGAACCUGUCGCGCUCCGACGUCCUCUUUCAGCUCCAUGGCGAGUCCCAUGCGAUGUGCUUCCUGACGAGCGGCAGCACGUAUUACCAGCGUCCGAAGAAUUCACCAGCAUGGGAGGCGCACCAGAGGAGAUCGCGCAAAGUGGCGGCAAGCCCACUUUUCAAUCGGGUGUUGACUCUUUCGAAGGACAGCUACUUCUGCGAGCACUCCCUUUGGAUACCAUGGACGCACAGAGGAACGAUGGGUGCGCUGACGGACAGCGAGCUACUUGCUUUGGAAAGUACCAAGUUUAGACAGAUCACCACCGAGUACAAGGACAUCUUCCAAAGCUCGAAAGCCUACGCACUUCAAUUUGUCCAAGAUCUUGAGGAAUUUACUGACACCCAUGGGUGCGCAUGGGACUUGCCGAAAGAGGUGACGCACCCAAAAAGCUACCACAUCGAUGUCCCGAUGAUGAAGUCGAGCUUGGAACACAAGCAGCUCGAGGAGUUAAAAAUGAGCGAACUCCUCGCCGCUUGCAUCGAGGACGACCUCGACCAGGAGAUGCCUUCGUCACAGGCCGUCAAGCCAACCAAGCGGACUCCUUCCAGCACAACUCAGUCCGAUCAGGUCAGCUCUUUUGCGGAAGGCAGCAUGGCCAUCGGACACCUACCAGCAGGAAUGCCAAGUCGAAAGCCGCGGCGACCGUCUACGAGUUCUACGCACGACUUUGCCGACGCACGACUCUGA